ACUGGAGGCCAAUGUGAACACCUGCCCGUACAUAUAUAUAUAUCAAAAUAUUCAGCCAAGACCUCUUAACAAAACCGAAGGAUGUGGGAGAAGCUGGUGAACUGCAUUAAGGGCAAGAGUGGCUCCCAAAGAACCAGCUGCCAGUUUGUCCAACUGGCCGAUCUGAUGAAGCAAGUGCCUCCGAACCAACUGCAUAUGUUCGAAAUGUUCGCCAAGAAAAACGAGGAGUACAAGGAACGCGUUCGCAAGUACCCAGAAUCCAUGCCGACAAUCGACUGGGAGUACUAUCGAAAAAACGUGCGCGAAGAGUUCGUGGAGUGGGUCAAAGGUUAUGAGACCAAGUACGACAAACUGCACUCCCUGUUCGAAAAUCGAGAUGCAAUGGUGGACCACAAGCGCUACUUCGAUCGAGUGGAUGAAGAAACUGUGGAGGUUAAAAAAGCUAUAAGCGCCUACAAGGCCGAAUCAAACGAGAGAAUUAAACAGCUAACCGAAAAGUUGCAGUUCGUAAAUGGUAUGCUGCCCUACGAUCAAAUGACCAUGGAGGAGUUCUGCUUUGCCCGUCCACACUUGGCACCCGAUUUUAUAAACAAGCCAACUUUCUGGCCGCACACUCCCGAAGAGCAAACGCCAGGUCCUGCGGAUCCAGAGGCAGCUGCUGCUCUACAUGAAGAUCAUGAACCUGAACCUCCGAAGAAACCCACUCCGGAACAGCCACCAGAAAAAGUAAAAACUGAAGCAGCUGUGGCUCCCAAAAAACCAUCGGAGCCUCUAGUAGAAACCUCUCAAUUAGCUGAAAAGGCCUCCGAAUUGGCCAAGGAUGUGAUGGCCAAAGCUAUCAUUUUGUUUAACGCUCUCAAGGAGAAAAUUGCGGGAUUAGCUAACAAAGUGAAGGAAAAGGCAGAUGCUACCAAAAAAGCCCGCGCAGAAGCUGCUAAAGAUUGUGAAUCUCCCACAGCUACAGACACGACCACACCCACAAAAACGCUGGAUAGCUUCAAGGAACGCGAUUCCGGACCAAACAUUUGCACACAGACGAUUAUCCGCGGCGAAGAAGAAGCCAACCCGGAAAUCAAGGAGCGACAUUCAAAGUUGUCCGUCGAGGCAGAAUGUGAAGAGGCGCGGGAGCAGAAGGCCUCCAGAAUAGCUAGGGCCUUGGAACGCAAACGCCAAAUGCACGAGGCCGAGGAUUGGCCUCACAAACGCAGAGAGGAUCCCUGCAAGCCCAAGGAGGAUCCCUGUAAGCCUAAAUAUGAUCCUUGUAAGCCUGAAGAAGAUCCUUGCAAACCCAAGACAGAAGAAAUUGUCUGCAAGCCUGAUCCCUGCAAGCAAAUGGAGCAGGAAGCCAUCUGUGAACCAGAUCCUUGCAAACCAAAGAAGAAAGAACCGGUCUGUGAUCCUUGUGAAUUAUUAAAAAAAGAAGACGAAUGCAAACCAGAUCCUUGCAAGCCAAAAGAAGAAAAGCCUGUAUGUGAAACUGAGAAAGAUUCCUGCAAGGAAAAAGGUAAAAAAGAUGACAAAUGCAUGGACUCGAAAAAUAAGGGGGAGGACGAAAAGGAUCCGGAGCAAACCUUCAUAAACAUAUCCCAAUGCAGUGAAGAGCUGGCUAAGAAAGAAGCAGAGAAAUCUGGGGAUCCUGGUAAACCCAAAGAAAAAGCCUCACUGACCGAUAUAAAUCAAGAAUCCAGCCAAAAACCGAUUUUGGGCAUGCAGACUACUGAAUCAAAGGAUGCCAAAAUGGAUCAAAAAUCUAUUAUUGAAGGCGCUAAAGAAGUGGGUCCUGUCUACACGGAUCCCAAUCAGUUGGAAAAAUUGCUUGACAAAGAAAAGGAAGUCAGGGAAAAGAAAGAACUCAAGAAAAAAGAGUCUGCAGAUAAAGUUGAAGAGAUUGUGAAACCCAAAGAUGAUAAGCCAGUUACUAUUUACCCUAAGCUAGAGAUAUCGACCAAACCAAAAACAAAAGUACCUGAUGAUACCAACAAUUCACCCACGGAGAUGGCCAAGCAGGUGUUCAACAUGGCCACAGGAGCUGCUUCUCUUUUAACAGAAGCCACAAACACACUGGAGGACUUGAAGAAAAAGAAGGAGGAUCGUCUUGAGGCUCUGGAACAGGCCUAUACUUCCGCUCAAAGACAGGCUCAGGGAGCUUUGGCCGAAGCUUCAAAAGCCGUGGAAGCCGCCAAUAAGUUGGCCAAAAAAUCAGCCCAACAAACUGGCGAAAUCAGCAGCCAAGACCAAGAGGCUUUGGAUAUGGCCGAGAAGCAUGCCAUUUUGGCCAAAAUGCUGGCCAGUCGUGCCGUGGCCUUAAAGGACCAACUGGCCCGUGUUCUUAACGAUCUAAAGAAGAAAGAAUAGUUUCCAGAAACACACAUUUUUCCACGAUUUUAUACCAGUUCUUUGUUAGUUGUUUUUCGCAUUAAAUUUUCUGUUUCAGUUUUCCCCGUUAAAA